GACACUUCAAUCAGCUGUUCUUGUCAGCACUAAAAUUUUUGUUGGGCGUUUCACCCACUCUUGUUGAUAAAAACGGCGUUAAACACGUAUUACAUCCGGUUUUAAGAAACAAGAAUAUAGCACAGCUAUAAAAUGCUUGUUCUAGUACUUGGCGACUUGCAUAUACCACACCGCUGCAGCAGUCUGCCGGCAAAGUUCAAAAAGCUGCUGGUGCCCGGUCGGAUACAUCAUAUACUGGCCACUGGAAAUAUUUGCACGAAGGAAUCAUAUGAUUAUCUCAAGUCAUUGGCCAACGAUGUGCACAUAGUUCGUGGUGAUUUUGAUGAGAAUCUCAGCUAUCCGGAACAGAAGGUUGUGACGGUGGGUCAAUUUCGUAUUGGCCUGUGUCACGGUCAUCAGGUCGUCCCUCGAGGGGAUCCCGAAGCAUUAGCCCUAAUCCAGCGUCAACUAGAUGUGGAUAUUCUAAUAACGGGGCAUACGUACAAAUUUGAAGCAUACGAGCAUGGUAAUAAAUUCUACAUCAAUCCGGGCUCAGCAACAGGCGCAUUCAAUCCGCUGGACCAAAAUGUGGUGCCCUCCUUUGUGCUGAUGGACAUACAGAGCACCACGGUGGUGACCUAUGUCUAUCAACUGAUCGGCGAUGAGGUCAAGGUGGAGCGCAUUGAGUAUAAGAAGAUAUAACCAAGUAUUAGCAGCAAUUCAUUCCGCACGCACUGAAAUAUCCGAUCUGUCUUUGAUCUUGGCUUAAACUACGUGAAAAUCUGAAUAUAUGAAUAUAUAUAUUUAACGAGAAAAUUGUAUAAAUUAAA